AUGGGUUCGAGUGAGGGUCCGAAACGUCAGGCCAAUAUACGUCUUGUUCCAGUGAUCGCAUCUUCUUCUGUAAGACUAAAUCUCAUGUAUCAUCGACAGCAGGCAGAGACGAGUUGAGGCAAGGAGGGGGAUCCACCAAGUAUGAGUAAACUUGUUUAAUGAUCUGCUGAACCUUGAUUCAACUUGAAGUAGGAAGUAUGGCAUGAUGCUUACUGAUUUAAAACGAUUCAACGGAACCCGUUUAUUGUCAGUUUUUUUCACUAACUCCCACCCCCCUGUUUCUUGUCUACGCCCAGGCGAGGAAGAAUGAAAACGAUUCGGCCUCGUCAGAGAGCGAGGGCAAACAGGAGGCGCCUGGCACUGAGAGCAGACGCUCCCAAUCCGGCAUCACGGCCGCCAUGAAGACACGCAUGUACCGUCGCCGACACUCGAGCGACAAAUCCGAACUGAGGGAAGCGGCCAGCACCGAGGAGGUCGAAAGUGAUGCCAUACGAGUUGAAGAAACCGACUGUGGCGAGACGACUAGUGAUCAACAGGUGCCGGCAGCCGGUGGUGGCAAAGACAGCAGGCUUCUGGUGCCAUUCGCCAAACGCCGGAGACGCGGGACCCACACAGCUCUCAAGCAUGCCAUUCGCAGGGCCCGCAAGCAGUUAGGCGAACCCCCAUUGGCUAGCAUAGCCCCGGAGCCCAACGAAAACCCCUCUCAGAAGGCCGUGAUCUAG